GUGUGGGCGGCGCGCCACCGCGACCCGCGGCUUUGCAAUUCUGUGUUAUAUAUACCGCAGUGACCAAGGUGGUGCGAGCCGGCUGGACUGCUGGGUUACGCACAUGCCUGGAUCUGACGCCCUCCUCGCCUAGCCCAGAAGUUCCUUUGUCCUUGGGUCUGUUGCGUCUCGCCCCGAGGUUCACUCCAUCCUCGGUAACCCAGCCUCUCACCCAGCUCCCCAAGCUCUGGACCUCGGCGUCUGCAGAACGAAAUGGUCACGCCCAUGAAUGUAUCAUACGAAGUGGAGCAGCUGUUCCAGCCCUAUAACUUCGAGCUUUUGCGGGACAUGAGGCCCUUUUUGGAAGAGUACUGGGCAACCUCAUUCCUCAUAGCACUGAUCUACCUGCUGCUCACCUUUGUGGGGCACAGCUACAUGAAGGCACGGAAGGGCUUCAGCCUGCAGGGGCCUCUCAUCCUCUGGUCCUUCUGCCUUGCGGCCUUCAGUAUCCUGGGUACACUGAGGACGUGGGGCUAUAUGGGGACAGUGAUACUUACGGGAGGCCUAAAGCAAACUGUGUGCUUCUCUCCCUUCAUCGACAAUUCCAUCGUCAAAUUCUGGUCCUGCCUCUUUGUUCUCAGCAAGGUCAUUGAACUCGGAGACACGGCCUUCAUCAUCCUGCGCAAGCGGCCGCUCAUCUUCAUACACUGGUACCACCACAGCACAGUGCUGGUGUACACCUGCUUCGGGUACAAGACCCGAGUCCCUGCGGGAGGCUGGUUCAUGACCAUGAACUUCGGCGUGCACGCCAUCAUGUACACCUACUACACGCUGAGGGCUGCCAAAGUGAAGUCCCCCAGGUUUCUUCCCAUGCUCAUCACCAGCCUCCAGAUCCUGCAGAUGGUCAUGGGAGCCGUCGUCAGCAUCCUGACUUACAUCUGGAGGCAGGAACAGGGAUGCCACACCACGACCGUGGAACACUCCUUUUGGUCGUCCAUCUUGUAUACGACCUAUUUCAUCCUUUUUGCCCAUUUCUUCCGCCAAACCUACAUCAGGCCCAAGGUCAGAGCGAAGACGAAGAGCCAGUGAAGGGUUGGAGAGAAAGGCUGAGCCUGACUCCCUUUUCCCCAGAGCAUUAAGGAGCUGAGCUACGGUUUGGGAGAAAGACCUGGGUGUUUUACUUGCAUGGUUUCCCCAUGGGUUGUGUGCCCCCAGAUGGCGGGAAGUUGUGAUUGACAAGAAGUGUCAGCCCUGGAAUGGGGGCUACUUUAAUGGUACUGUUUUUAAGGAGAAGGCUAAGCAGGCCCUGGGUUGGGAGUGAUUGAGAAGAGUCCCCCAAACUGAGUUAUUUAUAUUUCUACCCAGAAAUAUUUCUUCUUACUGCUCUAUUUUUUUUAAAUUAAAGACUUCAGCUGUAUUUUGGGGGACUUAGGAGAACAAGGGGACUGGUGUGGUGAGAGAGCUGCUGGCAGUGGGCUGUUCAGGAGGUGGGGAGCUGGGGUGUGUGGAAGUGUGAGAGGCACACACACAGACACUCAAUAAGGAUCCUAGGUCUGGAAGGCACUUAAUAAAUGUCUG